UCAGGUUUCUGGUACUCCUCAGUGAUAGGGUCCUAUCUUGCCCCCACCCCCUUCUCCUCUCCUUUGCAAAGCUUUCUCUUAUGCUGUUGCUGGCCUCCUCUUUCCCUAACCCACUCCAAGGGAGGUGUCUGCUCUAGGGGAAGGGUUGGUUCAGUGAGUGGAGACUUUUUUUAGAGGAAAAUGUGAAUGGGAGGCAACAGAUUCUCUUUACUCCAUUACGCUCACCUUUCUGGUCCCUGUACUCCUUGAUCCUCAGGGGCCAAGAAAAAGAAAUAAAUUAAUUAAGGGAAUGUGGGGAAAACUGGACCUAAACUUGAACAGGAAGAUGAAGUCUCAGAUUAGAAGAUAGUUUGUUCCAAAGUUUUUAAAAAGAAAAAAGAGAAAAGAUGAAAAUACCACUAUGGCAAAAGAAAAGAAAAGAAGGGAAAGAAAUGACAAGGAAGAGAAGGUUGGGGUGGAGGAAGCACCUGAGCAAGAGGAAGUUCUUUCUCCAUCAGGGAAAACUUUAACUGAAGUCCCAAACUCUGAAGGGCUCAACAAGCCUUCUUCCCCCUCCCCUUUCUUACCAGCCUCAAACUCAGCCUCAAACACAUUCAGACUUGAAUUCUUAUCUCAAUACAGAACUUGCAGUUGCGAUGCCACCAGUGGUGCCAAGCACGGGUCCAAAAGGAAUAGUUUCUUUUGGAGAUUCCUAAGGAUGAUUAGUUCCAAGUUUGCCAGAAAUAGAAAACACAAUUUUAGUUUCUUCAUUUCAGAAGUGAAACAUAGCACCUUAUCAAUGGUAACUGGAUUUCUUGGAAGAAUCAGAUCUAUUAUAUUGAAAAACCAAGUAUUCCCCUUACAAACUUCUGAAGAAAGAGAGAAUAAAAAGGACUUCACUGGAAAGACUGGUGAUUUUGAUGAUGAAGAUGAACAUAGCAACAGGCUUAAAGAAGCUAUAUACUUUGUUGUGAUGUCCAUCACUUUCAGGUUAUUUAAUGUCAUAUUGAUCUUCAUUCAUAUUGCAUUACUGAUUACAGCUUUAACGCUGACUCCUAAGGGUACGAGGUUGCCUUUCACCUAUCAUAUAUUGUUUUUACUUUUUGGUCUCUUCUUCCUCAUUGACGUGCUAUUUCAAGUCUUUUUAGAAGGAUUGACAUUGUAUUUUUCUUCAGUAAUCAAUGUGCUGGAUUUCUUUGCUAGUAUAUUUUUCGUGGUGUUGGAUGUGACUUACAUUUUUUUUGAUAUUCAAGUAAUUCGGCAAAUCCCCAAGUUGACAUUUCUCCUUAAAUAUUUAAGACUUUUUAUGCUGAUAAAAAUAUUUCAGCUGUCCAAUUCGAAAAAAAAGAUUGAAAAAGCAGCUAGAAAGUUGGUUUCAGAAAACAAAAGACGUUAUAGGAAAGAUGGAUUUGACCUGGACCUCACUUACGUUACUAAUAAUGUUAUUGCCAUGUCCUUCCCAUCAUCUGGAAGUCGGUCAUUCUAUAGAAACCCCAUUAGGGAAGUUGUGAAAUUCCUGGAUCUGAAACACCCAGGCCACUACAAGAUCUACAACUUGUGCAGUGAGAGAAGCUAUAACCAUUCAUACUUCCAUAACAGCGUAGAAAGAUUCCCUAUUGAUGAUCACAAUGUUCCCACCUUAAUUGACAUGAUGAGAUUUGUGGACAGUGUAUUUGAAUGGAUGGAAAAGGACCCAAAUAAUAUCAUAGUAGUUCACUGUAUGGGAGGCAAAGGUAGAACUGGAACUAUGAUCUGUAUUUGGCUUAUUGCUAGUGAUCAUUUUAAGACCGCAAAGGAGAGCCUGGAAUAUUUUGGAAAGAGAAGAACAGAUACAGCUUCUAGCUCCAAAUUUCAGGGAGUAGAAACUCCUUCACAGAGCAGAUACGUUGAAUAUUUUGCCCUGGUAAAGAACAAGUACCAUUGGGCUUUACCUCAAAGUCAAACACUCAGGAUAAAAUCCAUCACUAUUUAUUCAAUUCAAGGAGUUGGAAAAGGUAAUGGAAAAGAUCUGAAAAUAGUAUUAAUUAUGAAGAAGAAGAUUAUUUACACCUGUUUCUGUUCAUCUUUAAAGAGCUGUCAGGUAUUUUGUGAUGAUGACAGUAAUUCUGUAAAUAUCAGACUAAAUAACUGUCCGGACAUCUGUGGUGACGUGAAAGUAAAGUUCUUCUCCAGUUCUGCCCUUCCUAAACUAUAUGAGAAUUGUCCAUUUUUCUUUUGGUUCAACACAUCUUUUGUAGAAAAUAACAGGCUCUAUCUACAUAGAAAUGAAUUGGAUAAUCCCCAUAAACAAAAAACCUGGAACAUUUACCAUGAAGAUUUUGCAGUGGAAUUACUGUUUAAUUAGCUGUGAUCUACAGAAGUAUAUAUUUGUUUAAAUGUUACUCCCUUCUAUUAAAGAAUCAUGUUCCUGUGAACCCCUUCCUACAUAGAGGCAUCUCUAAAUCUACAUUUCUUAGUGUUUUCAUCUGUAUUCUGUGCACUUAAGAAUUCUAUUAAACGUUAUAGGUA